UGGCUGUACCUUACUCCUUUCCCUGCAUACCAUUAAUACAUUUAAUUCAUUAGUAAACAUCGGCACGUUGAGCUCGCGAGUUGCUUUUAUAGAGCAACGUUAACAGAUAUUGAAUCGUAUGUUUAGUUUAUUUGAGCUGAUAGUCAGGCGAAAGAUUCGACAUCUUCCUUCGGUUUUUUCCUUCGAACGACUUAGAUAAGUGGCGACGUGACUUCGUAGUCAGACGUAUUAUAGCUUUGACUUUCGCAGUGAGAGGUCGAUCUUUGGUGUUCGGUUUUUGAAAAUUUCAGGAUCAUGGCUAAGGACAAUUUAACCGCCGUUCUUUACGGUAUUGAGGACUUGAGAUUGGAGCAACGUCCCAUCCCAACGCCGAAGGAUGAUGAGGUUCUUUUGGAUAUGGACUGCGUUGGAAUCUGCGGGUCAGAUGUACACUAUCUGGUCAGAGGACGAUGCGGUGACUUCGUGGUUCAGAAACCGAUGGUGAUAGGCCACGAAGCAUCAGGUGUCGUGUCGAAGGUGGGUUCAAAUGUGAAACACCUAAAGGCCGGUGAUCGAGUGGCGAUUGAGCCUGGCUACGGUUGCCGAGUUUGCGACUUUUGUAAGGGCGGUCGCUAUAACCUGUGUGCGGACAUGAUCUUUUGUGCAACGCCGCCCUACGAUGGUAACCUGGCCCGGCACUAUACUCAUCCGGCUGAUUUCUGCUACAAAUUACCGCCGCAUGUGACCAUGGAGGAAGGGGCCCUGCUUGAGCCUCUGUCUGUUGGAGUCCAUGCGUGUCGCAGAGCUGGCGUUGGAUUAGGAUCGGAAGUGUUGAUUCUCGGUGCCGGUCCGAUUGGAUUGGUGACGCUCAUCACGGCGAAAUCUAUGGGAGCAGGUAAGGUCGUGGUGACGGAUCUGCUGCAGAAUCGUUUGGACGUGGCCAAAGAAUUGGGAGCUGAUGGAACCCUGGUGGUUGAGGUGGGAGCCAACGAAAUGGAAGUGGUGAAGAAGGUUCAUGAUCUGUUCGGAGGCGAACCUGAUAAAACUAUCGACUGCAGUGGAGCCGAGGCCACUUCGCGGCUGUCGGUUUUGGCCACCCGGUCCGGAGGUUGUGCCGUUUUGGUUGGCAUGGGAGCCUCGGAAGUCAAACUCCCUCUGGCGAACGCACUGGCACGUGAAGUCGACAUUCGUGGAGUAUUCCGCUACUGCAAUGACUAUCCAGCGGCGUUGAGUCUGGUGGCGAGUGGAAAAAUCGACGUUAAGCGCCUGAUAACACACCACUUCAACAUCGAGGAAACGGCAGAAGCUUUCAAUACCUCUCGACAUGGGCUUGGUGGCGCCAUCAAGGUUAUGAUUCACGUGCAGCCCAAGGACAAAAACAAUCCAAAGUGAAUCUUCCGUGUUCAGUAAUGAAGUUUGUUAGUGUAGGUGUAGAGUAAGAUUUGAUUAUUCAUAAAACUUAUCAAUAAAACUUGAAAUUUUGUGUACUGUA